UAAGGCUGUGUUAGGCUUUCCUCUGCUCUCCAGAUGCAAGGUGUCUUUAGCAAAGGCCAAUUAGCAAAGGCCAAUUAGCAAAGGCCUUAAAUGUGAGAGCGGGAGGGAAGCUCUGCCUGUCACUGACUGCAGGCUUCACAGAUGGAGACACUGCUGCAAGAGCUCACCUCGGCUUCCAAGCUCUUAACAGACUUUAAGGAGAUGUAUGAGUAUGAGACACGUUUAAAAACCUUCACCAAGUGGCCCUUCCAGGAAAACUGCAAGUGCACUCCAGAGAAUAUGGCAAAGGCUGGCUUCAUCCACUGUCCAAGUGCAAAUGAACCAGAUGUGGCAAAGUGUUUCUUUUGCUUGUUAGAACUGGUGGGCUGGGAACCCAAUGAUGACCCAUGGGAGGAGCACACCAAACGUCACACCUGUGAGUUUUUAUCCCUUCCCAAGCACUUUGAUGAGCUGACAAUGGAGGAGUACUACAUGCUGGAGAUGACACGGCUGAGGACCGUCAUUUGCAAGGUUGGCAGCCGCACGAUAAACUCUUUCCAAGAAGAAGUCGCUGCGACGAGGCAGAGGCUCGUGAAUUACUUUGGCUCCAGACCCUCGCUCCCGGCGCCGCCGCCCCUCGGGGCUGAGCCUGCAGCCCAGCAGCCAGGAGGCUCCGCUGCCGCCCAAAAGGAGCCCGGGACAAGUGAGCUGUGACCCUCGGCUCUACAAGUGUCUCCUACUCUGGUGCAAACCUUGCUGUCUUUUUGUGAGCGCGCAUCCAAAGCUGAGCAGGUGCGGGAGGCAGUGGAUUAGAGCGCUGCUGCUGGAUCAGGAGUGAGAGCAGACUGUCUCUCACAGCGUGCUCUCUCGGUAAGGCAGGCUGGGGAGCUCAGAGUGCUUCCACUACCCUGACAGUGGGUGAAAAAUGUCUAAGCAAAUACUCCAGUUCUGGUUUUUAGCAAGCUGACUUUGUUUUUGAAUAAAGAUUUACAACAAGA